AUGAUGAUGACAGAGAACAGCGAGAUGGAGACCGAGACGCAGCUCCAACGCUCGCCAAGCAACAUGUCCAUCACACCUGUGUCCAAGGCAAGUAGUAUACUAUACUCAAAUGUCUCACUGGCUGACAACUGGUUCAGACCGCGGUGAAACAACAGAUAUCCUUGCAAGAUAACCAGCUGGAGAAAUUUGAACCUCAGUCCACAGUGGUUUGCAGGUUUUACGCAGUCCGUUCUUUUGACUAGAUAGUGGAGGUUUUGAAAUGUGAAGGUGUUUGAAUGGUUGUUCCAGGUGUUUUUACAUGGUGAAUAUGUUUGUUUUGUGUUAACACGUAUACUAUUUGGCCAGAAAGCCAUGACAACCACAUACCAGUAGCCUGUAUGACUUGGCUUCAGAAAGUUAAAAGUGCUUGUUGCUUUCACCAUCACAUUGAUAUCUUUAUUUUGCUUUACGAUGCUGAGAUGGAGAUACUGUUGACUUAAUAUCAGAAAAAAAUCAUAGUUAAUCACUGCUUUAUUACAGUAUUGGAGUAAAAUAUUUUUUUAUAUAUAUAGUUCAUUUUCAUAAUUUGAAUGGUAAUAAACCCAACUGUCUUGAACACAAUAGAUUGCAGCCAGGUGUAUUUCAAAACCGCAUGAUCAGUAAAUUGCGUCACUAGGGGUAUAUAAAAUAACUCACGUCAGGUCUGACGUAAGGGGGGCUAGAGGAUUGGAACGUUCUCUUUCUCUCUCUUGCUGUGUGUGUGUCUGCGCUUACGCGCAUUGCUCAAUGAAGAAUACUUUACUAAGGAAGGGACACGCCUGUUCCAGAAUGUUUUAGAAUUAAUGUCCUGUCCAGGUUCUCUUACCAUUAGGCCCAUUAGGAAAGUUUGUUUAGUUUUGAAUGUAAAUGGUUUGAACACUGCAGCCACUCACAGCACUACUCCACUCACAACAUUUAGUUUACUGGAAGAGAUUAAAGAGUGCCAAGCAAUUUCUCAACUGAUACAAACCAAUUUACAGUCCAGAAUUCAAGGGCCCCUGCGGUUAAACAUGAUAGAAACAAGCAAUUACACGGGACUUGCCACCAGAGUAAAAAUAUUUCAACUUUUGCCGUCUGCCGUAACGUUGUUUUCUACCGGAUGUUGAUUUGCACUGUUUGUUUACUGAAAUCACCAUAGCAAGGCAUAAAAUUGUACUGGCUUGCUUUUGCCAUCACCAUCUUUCUUGCUUUCUUGUCCCGUAUGCCGACUGGUAUGACGGUAUUUGCGUCCCUCCUCUAAAUGCAGCAUAAGGCACACAACAUCCUUUGAUGUAGCCUACCUAUGCUCAGCCUCAGUUGUUCAAAUGAGGUUUGUGAUUGCAUAGAAUGCUACCUGACUGCGAGACACCAUUUUGAAAGGUAACCUUGAAGUAGUAGGCUAUAGAAUACACUGUGAAGUGUGUCAGGGUUUAAAGUGCUUUUUCUUGAAGUGCCUUUUUAAACAGACACACAGACAGCAGCCACUAGCCACACCCAUUUCUCUCAGGUUGCUUCCAUUUACUAGCCUCUGUUCAGACAGUUUUGUCUGUACACAACUGGCAUCUGACUGUAAGCGAUGUUGCAGAGCGCAAUAAACAUACGAUUCAGUCUUCUUGAGUCCAUCCAUGGACCAUGAUGCAUUCAGACACACACGUACACUCACUCAGUCGCUCAUACUCUCUCUCUCACACACGCACACAUGCAUGCCACACACACUGUCUCACACAGACACUGAAUCAGCUCACACAUGCUGCACAUUUCUUUUGUAUUCCAGAUUACUAUGGUUUACUACAUCACCCUGAAGAAAGCACAGUGAUGCCAAAACGUUAGUGGUUUACCUAAUAAAUUACUGGGAGCUUGUAUAUAGAGGAUGCAACUCUCUUUAUUUAUUUUUAAGCAUAAAACUUACUACAUCACUCUGACAUUGCAAUCCAAAAAUGUUCCUAUCAUGUCAUCACUACUAGGAUGAAAACACAUCCCUCAAUGUCAGCUACUAAUAUCUCCCUUCAUUACUGGGAGCUUAGGUUGUAGUAUCAAGGGUUAGUGCCACAAUGAUUUAUCUCUUUCACCUUAAACCCCAUGGCUCUGAUUGAGGUUAACUCCGGCAGUGUUAAAAUAGUAGGUUAAUUGCGAUGUCUAUGGAGCUCCCAUUAAAUGCUUGCAAUUCAGUAGCUUGGUGCCCAAAGACACUUUCUCAGUUGUAGUCUAUUAAGAAUCCAUUAGAUGAGCACUGUGGGAAAUGUUAAAGUCAUUCUCUCCAAAUAAACGGAUCAGGGGGUGGGGAAUGGACUCUAUAGACAGGGUCUGAUGGUCUCAGGAUGUGGGGGUCUUGCUGUCAGUCUCUCGCACACGCAUGCAUACACACACACACACACACACACACACACACACGCUGCACACAUCCCAUCUCUCCGUCUAUCCUUCUAUCUUAUCUUUCUAUCCAUCUAUUUCUCUUUCACACACACACAAUCAGAGCCACUCCAAAAGAUAAGGCCUCUUGAGUGAUUUGAUGGGAUCAGAUAUCACACAAGCACAAGGCCAUUCUGAUGAGAGGGAGAUAAAGAAGAAUUACUCUCAUCAGAUAACAGAUGCUCCCUGAAGCUGCCUGCAGCGUGUUCCCACUAGUCCCAACUUAGAUGAAGGAUGUCAGAAAUUGAGAGAAAGGCAGAGAGCCAAUGAGAGAGAAGGAGAGGAGAGGAGGACUCUAGAGUGUCGCCGCUGGGCUGACUGGGCUGGCUUACAGUGGUGUGUUAUGUCCAGACUGGCUGAGGUGUGUGUUUGUGUGUGUUGAGGAACAGAUGAGAUUCUGGAGAAGUGGACAGCAGCCAUGAAAAUAGCACCCUUCGCGUAGUUGCAGACUGUCAUCUCUAUCAACCUCUUGAAGAACAAUCUGGCCUUAAUGGCCAUGGACUCUUAUAAUCUCCACCCGGAAGAGGACUGGCCACCCCUCAGAGCCUGGUUCCUCUCUAGGUUUCUUCCUAGGUUCCUGCCUUUCUAGGGAGUUUUUCCUAGCCACAGUCCUUCUACAUCUGCAUUGCUUGCUGUUUGGGGUUUUAGGCUGGGUUUCUGUAUAGCACUUUGUGACAUCUGCUGAUGUAAAAAGGGCUUUAUAAAUAUAUUUGAUUGACUUACCACCAGUCUCUCUCCUUAGAAAACCACUGUGAUGGCUUUGAUCAAGCCUACAGAAUACAGGAGAGUUCAGGGAGACUGUAUGUGAACUUUAAUGAUUCCUUCAGUAAGACAACAACAACACCAAACUUUCAAAUUCAAUAUGCUCUUCCUCAGUUAGCUUUUGAGUUGUUGCUUUAGGCUGUGCUAUAACAUGGUGUCUGUCUUCCCCUCUGAGACUUCUAAUACUCCUCUAUCUCCCUUUGGGCAGAGCUGAGAGACAGAGACCACAGAGUGAUGGGGGGGCUUUAAUUGGUGUAACACCUUCACUGCUUGGAUGUUUAUUGAUGUGACGUCUUGCCUGUCACUGACAGGGAUGCACUGCUGUAGGACUGUGAAGCAGUGCAAAGAUAAGGAAAUAUCCAUGUAUCAUAUGAUUAUGUGUUCACUGGAAAAGCUCCAGAUAUACCGCAGGUAGCAUGUGCUUUGGCAAUUGGGUCUCUCUCUCUCUCUCUCUCUCUCUCUCUCUCUCUCUCUCUCUCUCUCUCUCUCUCUCUCUCUCUCUCUCUCUCUCUCUCUCUCUCUCUCUCUCUCUCUCUCUCUCUCUGAUUGACAGGCUGUGUAUUGAGGUCUAGCGUGUGGACAGUGACUGGAGAGUGUAAUGGGCGGGUGAUGAGCUGUCAGGGUGCAGGUGAUGGAGGGUGUCUGGGUGAGGGGGCGGAGGAGAGGGGCAGGUACUGCUGAUGUGAGGAGGUGAAGAGAGGAGGGGGACGGGGGUGGAGGUGCCAGCCAGGUAGAGCAGCUAUCCUUUUAUUUGGAGUUUGGUUUCACACAGCCUAGCACAAUAUGUCUGGAAGAAAUACAGAGAGAGAGAGAGAGAGAGAGAGGGAGAAAACGUGUUUGUGAGUGUGCUCUGUGUGUGCCCAUUGUUUGAUCAGUUGGGUUCGUGUGUGUAUUUGUGUGUGUGUAUGAGUGUGUGUGUGCAGAGAGAGCUAGAGAGACUGUGCUCUUGCAUCUCUCAUUCAAAGUGGGACUGUGCCCUUGCCAUACAUAAUGAGCAGCUUUAGUCUAGCAGUGAAAUCUACAUAUUUCUUAUUUUUAUUUUUUUAUUUAACCUUUAUUUAACCAGGUAAGCCAGUUGAGAACAAGUUCUCAUUUACAACUGCGACCUGGCCAAGAUAAAGCAAAGCAGUGCGAUAAAAACAACAACACAGAGUUACAUAUGGGGUAAAAAAACAUAAAGUCAAAAAAUACAACAGAAAAUAUAUAUACAGUGUGUGCAAAUGUAGCAAGUUAUGGAGGUAAGGCAAUAAAUAGGCUAUAGUGCAAAAUAAUUACAAUUAGUAUUAACACUGGAAUGCUAGAUGUGCAAGAGAUUAUGUGCAAAUAGAGAUACUGGGGUGCAAAAGAGCAAAAUAAAUAACAAUAUAGGGAUGAGGUAGUUGGGUGGGCUAAUUUCAGAUGGGCUGUGUACAGGUGCAGUGAUCGGUAAGGUGCUCUGACAACUGAUGCUUAAAGUUAGUGAGGGAGAUAAGAGUCUCCAGCUUCAGAGAUUUUUGCAAUUCGUUCCAGUCAUUGGCAGCAGAGAACUGGAUGGAAUGGCGGCCAAAGGAGGUGUUGGCUUUGGGAAUGACCAGUGAGAUAUACCUGCUGGAGCGCAGACUACGGGUGGGUGCUGCUAUGGUGACCAAUGAGCUAAGAUAAGGCGGGGAUUUGCCUAGCAGUGAUUUAUAGAUGGCCUGGAGCCAGUGGGUUUGACGACGAACAUGUAGUGAGGACCAGCCAACAAGAGCGUACAGGUCACAGUGGUGGGUAGUGUAUGGGGCUUUGGAGAAAAAACGGAUGGCACUGUGAUAGACUACAUCCAAUUUGCUGAGUAGAGUGUUGGAGGCUAUUUUGUAAAUGACAUCGCCGAAGUCAAGGAUCGGUAGGAUAGUCAGUUUUACGAGGGCAUGUUUGGCAGCAUGAGUGAAGGAGGCUUUGUUGCGAAAUAGGAAGCCGAUUCUAGAUUUAACUUUGGAUUGGAGAUUCUUAAUGUGAGUCUGGAAGGAGAGUUUACAGUCUAACCAGACACCUAGGUAUUUGUAGUUGUCCACAUACUCUAGGUCAGACCCGUCGAGAGUGGUGAUUCUAGUCGGGUGGGCGGGUGCCAGCAGCGUUCGAUUGAAGAGCAUGCAUUUAGUUUUACUAGUGUUUAAGAGCAGUUGGAGGCUACUGAAGGAGUGUUGUAUGGCAUUGAAGCUCGUUUGGAGGUUUGUUAACACAGUGUCCAAUGAAGGGCCAGAUGUAUACAAAAUGGUGUCGUCUGUGUAGAGGUGGAUCUGAGAGUCAUCAGCAGCAAGAGCGACAUCAUUGAUAUACACGGAGAAAAGAGUCGGCCCAAGAAUUGAACCCUGUGGCACCCCCAUAGAGACUGCCAUAGGUCCAGACAACAGGCCCUCCGAUUUGACACACUGAACUCUAUCUGAGAAGUAGUUGGUCAACCAGGCGAGGCAGUCAUUUGAGAAACCAAGGCUAUUUAGUCUGCCAAUAAGAAUGCGGUGGUUGACAGAGUCGAAAGCCUUGGCCAGGUCGAUGAAGACGGCUGCACAGUACUGUCUAUUAUCGAUCGCGGUUAUAAUAUCGUUUAGGACCUUGAGCGUGGCUGAAGUGCACCCAUGACCAGCUCAGAAACCGGAUUGCAUAGCGGAGAAGGUACGGUGAGAUUCGAAAUGGUCGGUGAUCUGUUUGUUAACUUGGCUUUCAAAUACUUUCGAAAGGCAAGGCAGGAUGGAUAUAGGUCUGUAACAGUUUGACAUUCAACAGUUUCAUAUCCCUUCUGUUUUUCUUGCAUAUAUGAUAAAGAACAAAAGUGUUUAUAUUACCCUUAGUACCGGAUUGGCUACUUUAAUCAUCUCACAAUAGGAUUCCCUUGCAUUUAAUUGGACCUUAGAAACACUGUUGCAUAGCGUGAUCAUUUGUGUCUUUCCCCACUAUUCCUCUCUUCCUCUCUGGCCACCUGUUUUUGCUCUUGUUUCGUAUCAACAUCAUCAACCUACACAGCAUCUGCAUCCCCACCACUUCCUCCAUCAACACAGACUCUGCAGAUAUUUGUAUCUUCAUUAGACUAAUGUUAGUUCUGUUGUCAGCAUUUUAAAUGAGUCCUGUUUGCAUCUAUCUAUCUAUCAUCUACAGGUAACUGACAAAAUAAUGGAAACGCUUGAGUAAAUGAGGGAUACAAAGUGUAUUAAAAGUAGGUGAUUCCACACAGGUGUGGUUCCUGAGUUAAUUAAGAAAUGAACAUCCCAUCAUGCUUAGCGUCACUGAAUCGUUUCAUGUGGUCACUGAAUGGUUUGGUGAGCAUGAAAACGAUAUAAACCAUAUGCCAUGGCCGUCUCAGUCACCAGAUCUCAACCCAAUUGAACACUUAUGGGAGAUUCUGGAGCGGCACCUGAUACAGCAUUUUCCACCACCAUCAACAAAAUAUUCUACUGGUGGUGCUUCUAGCAGUAGCACUGCAGCAGAAUUAUCUCCUAGUGUAGCACUUAGAAAUAGUGUAGCACUUAAACUUGGUGCUGGUUUAUUUUUGUAUUUAAUUGACAUAAUGUGUGCACUCUAAACCAACACCUAUGGAAGUAACCCAGAGUGGAGGCAAUAGUGGAGAUAUUGGGUCGGAGGAUGGCUACAGAGAGUGGUGCUAGGUGGGAGGGGUGAGGAAUAUGAAGACACCUGUGGGUCUCCAGGGCCAGCUAGUCAAUCUGCUGUAGUCAACCUGUAGUCUGAACAAUAAUGUAGUCCGGUCAGGGAGGGGAUUGCUGGGUGAUGGUAAGAUAAGAUUAUACUUGAUUGUUUGCUUGCGCUGAAAUUUGCCUUACGAUACAAUACUUCCUUACCAACCAAUACCAGACAGUUAAAACAAGUUAAAAUAGUACACAGAAAACCAAUUGUGGAGUAGAAAUUAGCUGUGUCAUAUAUUUACCUCCGUGUGAGUCAGAGAGGUAAGGAAGGGGUGGUUCUGAGGAGAGGAGAAAUGUUGGAGGGGGAUAAAUUCAACAACAUCUCAAAGACCACAAAGCAUCAGUCACUGCAGCUUUGGAUCAAACAUCUCACAGAGACUUCUGCCUCACUGGAAUAAUGUUCUAUUCCCCAAUGCCUCCUCCCACUGUGCUGCUUGCUUCCGAUUUAAAAAGUGAACAGCAACAAAAAGAAAGAGAAAGAGAAACUUUCCCUAGACUUUCUGACAUGAUUGCCAGCCUGAUAUUAUCAUGAAAUUGCAGGGGAUAGGCAUUGAAUAGGGCAGUUAAGGGACUAGGAUACACAUAGAGUUGAAGUCGGAAGUUUACAUAAACCUUAGCCAAAUACAUUUAAACUCAGUUUUUCACAAUUCCUGACAUUUAAUCCUAGUAAAAAUUCUCUGUCUUAGGUCAGUUAGGAUCACCACUUUAUUUUAAGAAUGUGAAAUGUCAGAAUAAUAGUAGAGAGAAUUAUUUAUUUCAGCUUUUAUUUCUUUCAUCACAUUCCCAGUGGGUCAGAAGUUUACAUACACUCAAUUAGUAUUUGGUAGCAUUGCCUUUAAAUUGUUUAACUUGGGUAAACGUUUAGGGUAGCCUUCCACAAGCUUCCCACAAAAAGUUGGGUGAAUUUUGGCCCAUUCCUCCUGACAGAGCUGGUGUAACUGAGUUAGGUUUGUAGGCCUCCUUGCUCGCACACGCUUUUUUCAGUUCUGCCCACAAAUUUUCUAUAGGAUUGAGGUCAGGGCUUUGUGAUGGCCACUCCAAUACCUUGUCCUUAAGCCAUUUUGUCACAACUUUGGAAGUAUGCUUGGGGUCAUUGUCCAUUUGGAAGACCCAUUUGCAAUCAAGCUUUAACUUCCUGACUGAUGUCUUGAAACGUUGCUUCAAUAUAUCCACAUAAUUUUCCUUCCUCAUGAUGCCAUCUAUUUUGUGAAGUGCACCAGUCCCUCUUGCAGCAAAGCACCCCCACAGCAUGAUGCUGCCACCCCCGUGCUUCACGGUUGGGAUGGUGUUCUUCGGCUUGCAAGCUUCCCCCUUUUUCCUUCAAACAUAACGAUGGUCAUCAUGGCUAAACAGUUAUAUUUUUGUUUCAUCAGACCAGAGGACAUUUCUCCAAAAAGUAUGAUCUUUGUCCCCAUGUGCAGUUGCAAACCGUAGUCUGGCUUUUUUAUGGCGGUUUUGGAGCAGUGGCUUCUUCCUUGCUGAGCGGCCUUUCAGGUUAUGUCGAUAUAGGACUCAUUUUACUGUGGAUAUAGAUACAGUGAGGGAAAAAAGUAUUUGAUCCCCUGCUGAUUUUGUACGUUUGCCCACUGACAAAUAAAUGAUCAGUCUAUAAUUUUAAUACUAGGUUUAUUUGAACAGUGAGAGACAGAAUAACAACAAAAAAAUCAAAAAAACGCAUGUCAAAAAUGUUAUAAAUUGAUUUGCAUUUUAAUGAGGGAAAUAAAUAUUUGACCCCCUCUCAAUCACAAAGAUUUCUGGCUCCCAGGUGUCUUUUAUACAGGUAACGAGCUGAGAUUAGGAGCACACUCUUAAAGGGAGUGCUCCUAAUCUCAGCUUGUUACCUGUAUAAAAGACACCUGUCCACAGAAGCAAUCAAUCAAUCAGAUUCCAAACUCUCCACCAUGGCCAAGACCAAAGAGCUCUCCAAGGAUGUCAGGGACAAGAUUGUAGACCUACACAAGGCUGGAAUGGGCUAUAAGACCAUCGCCAAGCAGCUUGGUGAGAAGGUGACAACAGAUGGUGCGAUUAUUCCCAAAUGGAAGAAACACAAAAUAACUGUCAAUCUCCCUCGGCCUGGGACUCCAUGCAAGAUCUCACCUCGUGGAGUUGCAAUGAUCAUGAAAACGGUGAGGAAUCAGCCCAUAACUACACGGGAGGAUCUUGUCAAUGAUCUCAAGGCAGCUGGGACCAUAGUCACCAAGAAAACAAUUCGUAACACACUACGCCGUGAAGGACUGAAAUCCUGCAGCGCCCGCAAGGUCCCCCUGCUCAAGAAAGCACAUAUACAGGCCCGUCUGAAGUUUGCCAAUGAACAUCUGAAUGAUUCAGAGGAGAACUGUGUGAAAGUGUUGUGGUCAGAUGAGACCAAAAUCGAGCUCUUUGGCAUCAACUCAACUCGCCGUGUUUGGAGGAGGAGGAAUGCUGCCUAUGACCCCAAGAACACCAUCCCCACCGUCAAACAUGGAGGUGGAAACAUUAUGCUUUGGGGGUGUUUUUCUGCUAAGGGGACAGGACAACUUCACCGCAUCAAAGGGACGAUGGACGGGGCCAUGUACCGUCAAAUCUUGGGUGAGAACCUCCUUCCCUCAGCCAGGGCAUUGAAAAUGUGUCGUGGAUGGGUAUUCCAGCAUGACAAUGACCCAAAACACACGGCCAAGGCAACAAAGGAGUGGCUCAAGAAGAAGCACAUUAAGGUCCUGGAGUGGCCUAGCCAGUCUCCAGACCUUAAUCCCAUAGAAAAUCUGUGGAGGGAGCUGAAGGUUCGAGUUGCCAAACGUCAGCCUCGAAACCUUAAUGACUUGGAGAAGAUCUGCAAAGAGGAGUGGGACAAAAUCCCUCCUGAGAUGUGUGCAAACCUGGUGGCCAACUACAAGAAACGUCUGACCUCUGUGAUUGCCAACAAGAGUUUUGCUACCAAGUACUAAAUCAUGUUUUGCAGAGGGGUCAAAUACUUAUUUCCCUCAUUAAAAUGCAAAUCAAUUUAUAACAUUUUUGACAUGCGUUUUUCUGGAUUUUUGUUUUGUUAUGCUGUCUCUCACUGUUCAAAUAAACAUACCAUUAAAAUUAUAGACUGAUCAUGUCUUUGUCAGUGGGCAAAUGUACAAAAUCAGCAGGGGAUCAAAUACUUUUUUCCCUCACUGUACUUUUGUACCUGUUUCCUCCAGCAUCUUCACAAGGUCCUUUGCUGUUGUUCUGGGAUUGAUUUGCACUUUUCCCACCAAAGUACGUUCAACUCUAGGAGAAAGAAUGCGUCUCCUUCCUGAGCGGUAUGACGGCUGGGUGGUCCCAUGGUGUUUAUACUUGCGUACUAUUGUUUGUACAGAUGAAUGUGGUACCUUCAGGCGUUUGGAAAUUGCUCCCAAGGAUGAACCAGACUUGUGGAGGUCUACCAUUUUUUUUUUGAGGUCUUGGCUGAUUUCUUUUGAUUUUCCCAUGAUGUCAAGCAGAGGCACUGAGUUUGAAGGUAGGCCUUGAAAUACAUCCACAGGUACACCUCCAAUUGACUCAAAUGAUGUCAAUUAGCCUAUCAGAAGCUUCUAAAGCCAUGACAUAAUUUUUUGGAAUUUUUCAAGCUGUUUAAAGGCACAGUCAACUUAGUGUAUGUAAACUUCUGACCCACUGGAAUUGUGAUUCCGUGAAUUAUAAGUGAAAUAAUCUGUCUGUAAACAAUUGUUGGAAAAGUUACUUGUGUCAUGGUCAAAGUAGAUGUCCUAACCGACUUGCCAAAACAAUAGUUUGUUAACAAGAAAUUUGUGGAGUGGUUGAAGAACGAGUUUUAAUGACUCCAACCUAAGUGUAUGUAAACUUCCGACUUCAACUGUAUGUAUGCCAGGGUUGGAUGUGUACAGUAGCUAGGUCACGUGGGUAUUGAAUGCAAAGGACAUAAUACACAUAGAAAGUACAUCAAACAUUCAUUAUGAACAGGAGUCUAUUGGAUUACUAUACAUGAAGCGAACUGGAAGUACUGUAUGUUAAUUUUGGCGUUGCUUCAGAAAUAUAAGCUGUGGACCUCUCAGCUAAUAUUAAAAUAGAGGUUAACAAGGAUUUUUCUUUGGCUGCGUCCCAAAUGGCACCCUAUUCUAUCUAUAGUGAACUGCUUUUGACCACGGCCCAGCACAGAGGCUUUAUUAGAUAACUUCUAAUUGAGACGUGUUUUAGCACGGUGCGGGCAACAGGCUACGCCAACCAUAGUAAUAGAAUCUAGAUUUUAUUACUAUGACGCCAACGCUUCUUUCCUCUGAGUUAACAUGCUCUGUACAAACGCAUGACGCACUGCACCGCACCUUAUGGUAGCUACGUAGGGAGCACUGCACUGACAGGUGUGUCAAACCAAACAGCCUCUCCACUUCAAUUCCCAAUCCUCAUAGACUCAGAUAAUCAACAGUAAUCAAAAGAUUUGACACGGGGAGAAACACACACUUUACACAAACAAGCACACGCGUGCACUCACACACACACUUCUAUGCUCACUAACACGUACAAAGGAACACUGGGUAGCUAUCUGUCUUUCUGACUCACACGCUCUCUUGGACAAACUGUUUUCAUCUCCUAUUCCCUGAGAAACAGAGGCGUAAGCUCUGCUAGCAGCAGACAGACGGACAGAGAGAGAGAGAGAGAGUGUGUGUGUGUGUGUGCCGGUGUGCAUUCGCACGCACAGUGCAGGGAGCUGUGUCUGUGGUGGAUCAAUGGUGUGUCUGCCUACCCUGGUCCCUUCUUUUAGAUUCAGACAGAGAGGACAACUCCCUCCUCUCUCUGCUAGCUCUUCUUCCUCCAGUCACCUCUAUGGUGUCUCUGUGACAGAUACUUCACCACAGCACCAUCCAUAACACCUAACACCACAUGAUGUAUGAUCAUCAAUAUCUCGGGCCUGAGGAGCAGGUUGGCAUUUAUUGUCAUGAAUCUUGCCCUGGAGGCAGCUCUGCAGUGGUCACUAGCUAGCACAGCCACAAAGUCAUAAAAUCUGAUUUUAAACCUAGCUCUAACCUUAACCCUAAAUUUAACCACACGGCUAAUCCUAAUGCCUUACCCUAACCUUAAAUUAAGACAAAAAAAAACACAUUGUUUUCAUGGAUUUGUACGAUAAUAGCCAAGUUUGACUUUGCAGCUGGCCCAUCUAGCAGAAAUUGUUCAGUUCUGCCUCAAGCGCAAGAUUCAUGACAAUAAAAGUCAACCUGCGCCUGGGGAGCUCAUCAGUCAGUUAGGGGACAUGUACUUAUUUAGGUAAUCAAUGCAAGUUAGAGAGACAGGAUACAGGAGUGAUGGCUUUGACAUGUGUUCAUUUAUCAGUCAUGCAGGAACAGCUUGGUCAAUAGAGCUGAUAAGGAAUGAAUGAUAGUCAAGUCAUGUAUGUGGGGUAAGGAUGCUGUGUGUGUGUGUGUGUGUGUGUGUGUGUGUGUGUGUGUGUGUGUGUGUGUGUGUGUGUGUAUGUGUACAUUGCAUGCAUAGGUUUGUGUGUGUGAUGUGUGUGUUUUUUAAGCCCAUCAUCCGUACUGACAAUGAGCCAGAGGCAGGCUGGUGUGGCGACAUCAUCAAUAGGUCCUGUAAAGGAACUGAAUCAGAUAAGGAGCCAGGAGAUUGGUUGCUGAUAGCGGGUGAUAAGGCUGCUGGGUAAACUGGCUCAGUCCCAACGUGGAAUAGACUGAAUUGACGUCUGUGCCCAGUGGGUUACCGCUAGCAACCUUACAUGAAACCCAACUAAAUGGGAUUUCACAAAUUAUUCUUUCCCAUGUGAGUGCUAAUGUCCUUUUGUGCUGUCGGUUUUCCAUGAAAUAGUUUUGCACACGGAUGGCCUUGUGAGCUCUCUAAACUAUUAUACAACACUACUUGUUUUAUGGAAACAACUUGGUAAUGGAAAAUUGCUUGUUUGUCCUCUUGGGGAACAACUGGUACGUUCACCUGUUAUUGUACCUGUUAAAUCCCUAACGUGUUGGUAUCUGUUGUGAAUCCUCCUCUUGCUCUCCUCUUCUUUCCCUCCCUGCAGCUCCAGCGUCUGAAGCGCUCCCUCUCCUUUAAGACCCUGAUGCGCAGUAAGAGUGUGGAGAACUUCUUCCAGAGGUCCUACAGCGACGCCCGUCUCCCCCCAGACUUCAUCACCGAUCCACCACCCCCCUCCCCGCCCCUUGGCUCUCCCCUCGCCAGUGAACGUUCACCCUCCCUCUCUCCGUCACUCAGCCCCAACCCCUCCCUCUGCUCCCACUCCCCGUCUCUAAGCCCCUCCCCCUCGCUGUCCUCCAAGGCCCCGCCCCCGGCCCGCCCCCUGACGCAGGUGACCCACUGCUUCCAGGAGCACGUUUUCCGCAAGCCCACCCACUGCCAGCUCUGCAAGCACCUGAUCGUGGGUAAGGUGCGAACUUUACUCCCAGGCCUCUCGGCACUACCAGCCUGCUUAGGCCUCAGUGUCUAUGUAGGGUUAGUUGCUUCAUUCAGACAUUUAUCCUGGUUGCUUGAUCUUGUAUUUCUAGCUGAUCAGUAAUACUACUUUAUUAGGUCACUGCCACUAUCCAUUACACUAGAAUCCACUUGACUAUUAAGUGAACGGGGGGGGGGGAAAUUUCCCAAAGGCGAAACUGACUGGGUUUAAUGACUGGAAAUUUAAAUUAGUUGAAAUUACUCCAAAAUUUUAAUUUCCCUAUUCAAUAGCAAUAAAAAAUUUUAAAUAUUGAUAACAGGGGAAGCAAAACAUUAGGUGGACUUUAAUGUGAAUUUUUGAAAGGGGAAUAAAAAGGGUACCCAAAAAAUGGUAUUACAAAUCCGUCAUAUGUGUAUCCUUGGUUUUGGACAGUGGGGGGUUUUAAAUUAGUUAGUGUGUUAAAAUGCCCCCGAUUUUAUAUGCUGUGGGGUAGAGGGGGCCUUAAAAUUCUCAUUUUCUUUUUUCUUUUUCUAAAUCUACUUCCUGUAAAAAACCUUUAUUGAAGAAAAAGCUAUUAGGGGUUGCGUUUGUUGGGUUUUCUUAAAUAUCGUUUUUUUUUAAAAGAACCCGGAACCAAAAAUUGUUGUAGUGCCCCUGUCCCCCUUUAUAUUUUUUUUUUCUCUUUUUCUUUGUUCUUUUCUUUAUCCUUCCUUCUCUUCCCAAAUUUCUUUCUUCCAAAUCUUUCUGUUAUCCUUUCUCUUUCUUUAAAAACUCUCCCCUCCCUUUAAAAUCUUUCUGUCUUUUUUUUUUUCUUUCUCUCCAUUUCCUCUUGCCCAAUCUCCGUUUCGCCAAAUUCUUUUCGGGGCCCCCUUCUUCUUUUCCCAACAAUAUCUUUUAAAAAUUUUAUAUAAAAACCCCCCCGUUCCCCAAAAUUUUCCCAGUUUUCUUUUAUCCUCAAUCUCCUUUUUAUGAAAAAUUAUAUAUGAUGGAUUAAGGACACUUCAAGGCGCACUGACUAGGUGUAAUGACUGGAAUAAUUAGUUGAAAUACUCACAUAAUUAAUUCCAUUAAAGAGUAGAACUAGCACAUAGGUGAUAGUAAUUUAUUGCGAUAAUCAUGGUAUUGUUCGGAAGCGUAAAGUCAGUUAGUGUGUCAUGCCUUUUAUACGUGCGUUAGAGGUCCUAACUCUCUAUUUUUCUGCAGGAAAUAGCAUGUACUGUCACAUGUAUUCAGAAGCUAUAGUGACUUGGUUUGCUGGUUGCUUACAUCACGUUUUCUUCAACGCACCAUGAUGAUAGCAUGUGUAGAUGUAGGACAUAAAGUUCUAAAUAUAUGUAUUGCAAUCUAUUCCUGCACAUAUGAUUAGAUAUUAUUGCGUUCAUUUUUACAUCAUCUAUCUCUAUUCUAUCAACACCAGGAUUUAUUAGCUCAUCAGUCAAGUUUCUAUAUUCUUUCUUACAAGUCUCUCAUCUCAUCUCAUCUCAAGUCUCUAUGUCUCAUCUAUCUCAUCAUCUCUACUCUCUCCUCCACUCUAUCAUCAGUCUCUCUCUACAAGUCUCUCCCUCUCUCUCCAGUCUUCUCUUCUCUCUCUCCAUCUCUCCUCAUCUCUCUCCCAGUCUCUCUCUCUCCCAGUCUCUCCUCUUCUCUCAUCUUCUCAUCCUCUCUACCAGUAUCUCCUCUCCCGUCCUCUCUCUCCAGUCUCUCCUCUCUCUCUCCCAGUCUCUCUGUCUCUCUCUCCCAGUCUCUCUGUCUCUCAUCUUUCUCCCAGUCUCUCUCUCUCAUCUCUCUCCCAGUCUCUCCUCUCUCUCUCCCAGUCUCUCUGUCUCUUCUCUCUCUCCGUCUCUCUUCUCUCUCCUAGUCUCUCUGUCUCUCCUCUCUCUCCGUCUCUCCUCUUUCCCAGUCUCUCCCAGUUUCUCCUCUCUCUCUCCCAGUCUCUCUUUUCUCUCCCAGUCUCUCUUCUCUCUCCCAGUAUAUCCUCUCUCGCUCCCAGUCUCUCCUCUCUCUCCCAGUCUCCUAGUGCAGUUUGUAACUGAGCUAGAGCAAAUAGAAGAUUCAGUUCAAUUCAUGUUUUUUUGGUUUGUGGUUCCACGUCUUUGUCAUGGAUUGGUAAUCAUAGGGCUCUAGACUAAAUCCUUCUAAACAAUAUGUUUGGCACCAGUGAAUAAGUAAACCUUGAACUGGAAAUAAAUUGUUUGGAACUCAACACAAUGCAGCUGAAUGUCAUAGGGAUUAUCUUCUCUCUCUCCAACAUAUAAAAGAAAAACGCAAAACUAAUUAUAUCAAGAAAGAGGACAAAGAACAUUUCUCCACUCUAACUAGGCUUGUUUCUAAGACAGUGCUUGAUAAGAAUUGGUGUGACUAAAAAACUAAUAGAACCCAAAUGCCUCCAGCUGGUUGUGAGUCUCUCCAUGUUUUGAGAGGGACCGUUGAUGAUGCACUGCUUAGUUCAGCAGGCAGUGCCAGCACAAUAGAAAUAGGGCAGUGCUUGAUCAACCCUCUCUGGGCGAUUUACAUGAAACAGGAACCUGCUCUGAUCACAUGCCAACCUUAUUUAUUACUACAUUCUGUAUCUUCCUCACAGGUCUCGGUCCUUGUUUUAACUCUCCUCUUUCCUCUUUUCUUUUUACCUCUCUCUCAAUUUUCAAUUUCAAUUUCAAUUUAAGGGCUUUAUUGGCAUGGGAAACGUGUGUUAACAUUGCCAAAGCAAGUGAAGUAGAUAGUAAACAAAAGUGAAAUAAACAAUAAAUAUUAACAGUAAACAUUACACUCAGAAGUUUCAAAAGAAUAAAGACAUUUCAAAUGUCAUAUUAUGUAUAUAUACAGUGUUGUAACAAUGUGCAAAUAGUUAAAGUACAAAUGGGAAAAUAAAUAAACAUAAAUAUGGGUUGUAUUUACAAUGGUGUUUGUUCUUCACUGGUUGCCCUUUUCUUGUGGCAACAGGUCACAAAUCUUGCAGCUAUGAUGGCACACUGUGGUUUUUCACCUAGUAGAUAAGGGAGUUUAUCAAAUUUGGGUUUGUUAUCGAAUUCUUUGUGGAUCGCUAUAAUCUGAGGGAAAUAUGUGUCUCUAAUAUGGUCAUACAUUUGGCAGGAGGUUAGGAAGUGCAGCUCAGUUUCCACCUCAUUUUGUGGGCAGUGUGCACAUAGCCUGUCUUCUCUUGAGAGCCAGGUCUGCCUACGGCGGCCUUUCUCAAUAGCAAGGCUAUGCUCACUGAGUCUGUACAUAGUCAAAGCUUUCCUUAAGUUUGGGUCAGUCACAGUGGUCAGGUAUUCUGCCACUGUGUACUCUCUGUUUAGGGCCAAAUAGCAUUCUAGUUUGCGCUGUUUUUUUGUUUGUUCUUUCCAAUGUGUCAAGUAAUUCUCUUUUUGUUUUCUCAUGAUUUGGUUGGGUCUAAUUGUGUUGUUGUUGUUGUUGUUGUCCUGGGGCUGUGUGGGGUCUGUUUGUGUUUGUGAACAGAGGCCCAGGACAAGCUUACUUAAGGGACUCUUCUCCAAGUUAAUCUCUCUGUAGGUGAUGGCUUUGUUAUGGAAGGUUUGGGAAUCGCUUCCUUUUAAGUGGUUAUAGAAUUUAACGGCUCUUUUCUGGAUUUUGAUAAUUAGCGGGUAUUGGCCUAAUUCUGCUCUGCAUGCAUUAUUUGGUGUUUUACGUUGUACACGGAGGAUGUUUUUGCAGAAUUCUGCAUGCAGAGUCUCAAUUUGGUGUUUGUCCCAUUUUGUGAAUUCUUGGUUGGUGAGCGAACCCCAGACCUCACUACCAUAAAGGGCAAUGGGUUCUAUAACUGAUUCUAUAACUGACUAUAAAAGUAUUUUUAGCCAGAUCCUAAUUGGUAUGUCAAAUUUUAUGUUCCUUUUGAUGGCAUAGAAGGCCCUUCUUGCCUUGUCUCUCAGAUCGUUCACAGCUUUGUGGAAGUUACCUGUGGCGCUGAUGUUUAGGCCGAGGUAUGUAUCGUUUUUUGCAUGCUCUAGGGUAACAGUGUCUAGAUGGAAUUUGUAUUUGUGGUCCUGGCAACUGGACCUUUUUUGGAACACCAUUAUUUUUGUCUUACUGAGAUUUACUGUCAGGGCCCAGGUCUGACAGAAUCUGUGCAGAAGAUCUAGGUGCUGCAGAUCAUCAGCAAACAGUAUACAUUUGACUUCAGAUUCUAGUAGGGUGAGGCCGGGUGCUGCAGACUGUUCUAGUGCCCUCGCCAAUUCGUUGAUAUAUAUGUUGAAGAGGGUGGGGCUUAAACUGCAUCCCUGUCUCACCCCACGGCCCUGUGGAAAGAAAUGUGUGUGUUUUUUGCCAAUUUAACCGCACAUAGCAGACCCUCAUGCCAAAUUGAGUCAAAAGCUUUUUUGAAAUCAACAAAGCAUGAGAAGACUAUGCCUUUGUUUUGGUUUGUUUGUUUGUCAAUUAGGGUGUGCAGGGUGAAUAUGUGGUCUGUUGUACGGUCAUUUGGUAAAAAGCCAAUUUGACAUUUGCUCAGUACAUUGUUUUCACUGAGGAAAUGAACUAGUCUGCUGUUAAUGAUAAUGCAGAGGAUUUUCCCAAGGUUGCUGUUGACGCAAAUCCCACGGUAGUUAUUGGGGUCAAAUUUGUCUCCACUUUUGUGGAUUGGGGUGAUCAGUCCUUGGUUCCAAAUAUUGGGGAAGAUGCCAGAGCUAAGGAUGAUGUUAAAGAGUUUAAGUAUAGCUAAUUAAAAUUUGUGGUCUGUAUAUUUUAUCAUUUCAUUGAGGAUACCAUCAACACCACAGGCCUUUUUGGGUUGGAGGGUUUGUAUUUUGUCCUGUAGUUAAUUCAAUGUAAUUGGAGAAUCCAGUGGGUUCUGGUAGUCUUUAAUAGUUGAUUCUAAUAUUUGCAUUUGAUCAUGUAUAUUUUUUUGCUGUUUGUUCUCUGUUAUAGGGCCAAAAAGAUUGGAGAAGUGGUUUACCCAUACAUCUCCGUUUUGGAUAGAUAGCUCUUCGUGUUGUUGUUUGUUUAGUGUUUUCCAAUUUUCCCAGAAGUGGUUAGAGUCUAUGGAUUCUUCAAUUACAUUGAGCUGAUUUCUGACAUGCUGUUCCUUCUUUUUCCGUAGUGUAUUUCUGUAUUGUUUUAGUGAUUCACCAUAGUGAAGGCGUAGGCUCAGGUUUUCUGGGUCUCUAUGUUUUUGGCUGGAUAGGUUUCUCAAUUUCUUUCUUAGGUUUUUGCAUUCUUCAUCAAACCAUUUAUCACUGUUAUUACUUUUCUUUGGUAUUCUGUUAUAGAUUUUUAGAUUUGAUAGGGAAGCUGAGAGGUCAAAUAUACUGUUUAGGUUUUCUACUGCCAAGUUUACACCUUCACUAUUACAGUGGAACAUUUUGUCCAGGAAGUUGUCUAGAAUGGAUUGAAUUUGUUUGUUUUGGUAGGUUUCAACACUACUUUCCUUCCAUCUAUAGCAUUUCUUAGUCCCCUCGAAGCCUACCAUUGACUAUGUACAUACCCAGUGUGCAACAGAGCUGCAGGAGUCGUGACCCGUUUUUGUUGGUUAUGUUGUCGUAGUUGUGCCUAGGGGGGCAUAUGGGGGAGGGAAUGCUGUCACCUCCAGGUAGGUGUUUGUCCCCGUGUGUGCUGAGGGUGUCAGGUUCUUGUCCAGUUUUGGCAUUUAGGUCGCCACAGACUAUUACAUGUCCCUGGGUCUGGAAAUGAUUGAUUUCCACCUCCAGGAUGGAGAAGCUGUCUUCAUUAAAGUAUGGGUAUUCUAGUGGGGGGAUAUAGGUAGCACACAGGAGGACAUUUUUCUCUGUUGAGAUAAUUUCCUUUUGAAUUUCUAACCAAAUGUAAAAUGUUCCUGUUUUUAUUUAAUUUAAUAGAGUGAGUUAGGUCUGCUCUAUACCAAAUUAGCAUACCCCCUGAGUCCCUUCCCUGUUUCACACCUGGUAGUUUGGUGGAUGGGACUACCAGCUCUCUGUAACCUAGAGGGCAACCAGUGGGUCCGUCUCCUCUAUACCAUGUUUCUUGUAUGUUUCUCUCUCUCUCUCUGUAGGUAACUCUAAACAGGGUCUUCGGUGUAAAACCUGUAAGAUGGGCGCUCACCUGUGGUGCACCUCAGAAUUGUCCCAGCAGCCGUGCAAUGGAAAGGUAUGCCAGAUAGAUGCCAUUGGUAUGUAGGGGAAGUCAGGUCCCUGAACAACGUUGUUUGAAAUUCACUGAGAAAUUCAGGAGCUGUUGGAUGUAGAAUAAAAUACUGUACUGAGAAGUUGAGAGGGAGUGUGUGAGAGAGGGAGGGAGGGAGAGAGAGAUAUGGGAGGAUUAUCUACGAUGAGCCAGAAUAUCUUUGAAAGGAACAAAGAAACGCCAUUCAUCCCUGUAUUAUGACAGUGCUAAUAGCUCAUCUCAAUGUCAGCACACAGGGAAAUCAAUAUCUCCAUUGAAACAGUCCCCGUGCCUAAUUCAGUGUGAAAUUGUUUGUGUGUUCUGUGUGCAGUUGUGAUAGUGUAGGUAGGCUGUGUGCUUGUGUGAGUGUUUCAUUAUGUGUGUGUGUGUGUGUGUGUGUGUGUGUGUGUGUGUGUGUGUGUGUGUGUGUGUGUGUGUGUACAUGCACAUGGGUGCGCGUGUUGACUGUAUUGACUGUUGGUCAGACAGUUGCUGCUAAGUCCGUCCUAUCUCAUCCUCUCUCUCUACUUCAAUUACUGGAAUGUAAUUCCAUACAUUAGCUGAAUAGAAAACCAGCAACACAGGCUAUAAAAAUGAAUGAAUAUAAACAGAAAAUCCUGAUUACUAUCCCUCCUCUGUGUGUGUUAGUCUGGGGUCGGGGCGUUCAAGCGGAACUUCAGCUCUCCCAUGCUGGCCAACGAACAACUGGCUGUCGUCAAAGAGGUCCAGCCCACCCAAGGUGAGCAUGCCCGGUAAAGAAAGUGUGGAUUUGUGUAUCUGCAUCCAUGUGUGGGGUGUCGUGCAUGAAUACAUGUGUGUAUUCUGCACAUGUCCAUCUGCAUGUGUGUGUCCUAUCCUAGCACCCUGAGGAAGUGGACGUGAUUAUUGUCCUUCACCCUAUAGAAUAGAUCCUUAUGAAUAAGGGUCAGCUCUCAUUCCACCUGCUGUCCCUUUCUUCUUUCCUUGUUUCCUUCCUCCAGGCAUCCAUCAGUGUUCAGUUAACCUGCCCCCUCACUUUCACCACCAUAACCCCAGGUCUGUCACUUUGACGUCUGGGCUUCUGUCCAAAAAUGGGACCCUAUCCCCUUGGCACUGUCAAAAGUAGUGCACUAUAAAUGGAAUAGGGUGCCGUUUGGGACUCACCUUGGGUCUGGUUCUGAGCCAGGGCAGGCUGGGAAUAUCACCUGUCAUCACACACAUCAGGUUAGAUAGAACAGCCCAUCUGGCUGCCAUUACAGUGACUGUUGAGUAGGGAAAUAACUGGUUUAGUUUUAGUUAAAUCUAGGUUUAAAUUGACGGGGCUCUACCUGGAAUAGAGAACCAGUUCCAACUCCCAACUGAUUCUCGCUCUGACUGAAACUCUGAAAAAACAUGAACUCAAUACAGCCUCUACCACUAAUGCUUCAAUUUCAUCUCACAAAACAUUGAAACGACAAUGUACAGUUGAAGUUGGAAGUUUACAUACACCAUAGCCAAAUACAUUUAAACUCAGUUUUUCACAAUUCCUGACAUUUAAUCCUAGUAAAUAUUCCCUGUCUUAGGUCAGUUAGGAUCACCACUUUAUUUUAAGAAUGUGAAAUGUCAGAAUAAUAAUAGAGAGAAUUAUUUAUUUCAGCUUUUAUUUCUUUCAUCACAUUCCCAGUGGGUCAGAAGUUUACAUACACUCAAUUAGUAUAUGGUAGCAUUGCCUUUAAAUUGUUUAACUUGGGUCAAACGUUUCGGGGAGCCUUCCACAAGCUUCCCACAAUAAGUUGGGUGAAUUCUGGCCCAUUCCUCCUGACAGAGCUGAUGUGACUGAGUCAGGUUUGUAGGCCUCCUUGCUCGCACACGCUUUUUCAGUUCUGCCCACACAUUUACUAUAGGAUUAAGGUCAGGGCUUUGUGAUGGCCACUCCAAUACCUUGACUUUGUUGUCCUUAAGCCAUUUUGCCACAACCUUGGAAGUAUGCUUGGGGUCAUUGUCCAUUUGGAAGACCCAUUUGCGACCAAGCUUUAACUUCCUGACUGAUGUCUUGAGAUGUUGUUUCAAUAUAUCAACAUAAUUUCCCUUCCUCAUGAUGCCAUCUAUUUUGUGAAGUGCACCAGUCCCUCCUGCAGCAAAGCACCCACACAGCAUGAUGAUGCCACCCCCGUGCUUCACGGUUGGGAUGGUGUUCUUCGGGCUGCAAGUAGCCCCCUUUUUCCUCCAAACAUAACGAUGGUCAUUAUGGCCAAACAGUUCUAUUUUUGUUUCAUCAGACCAGAGGACAUUUCUCCAAAAAGUACGAUAUUUGUCCCCAUGUGCAGUUGCAAACCGUAGUCUGGCUUUCUUAUGGCGGUUUUGGAGCAGUGGCUUCUUCCUUGCUGAGCGGUCUUUCAGGUUAUGUCGAUACAGGAAUCGUUUUACUGUGGAUAUAGAUGCUUUUGUACCUGUUUCCUCCAGCAUCUUCACAAGGUCAUUUGCUGUUGUUCUGGGAUUGAUUUGCACUUUUCGCACCAAAGUACGUUCAUCUCUAGGAGACAGAACGCGUCUCCCUCCUGAGCGGUAUGAUGCCUGUGUGGUCCCAUGGUGUUUAUACUUGCAUACUAUUGUUUGUACAGAUGAACGUGGUACCUUCAGGCGUUUGGAAAUUGCUCCCAAGGAUGAACCAGACUUGUGGAGGUCUACAAUUUAUUUAUUGGCUGAUUUCUUUUGACUUUCCCAUGAUGUCAAGCAAAAAGGCACUGCGUUUGAAGGUAGGCCUUGAAAUACAUCCACAGGUACACCUCCAAUUGACUCAGAUUAUGUCAAUUAGCCCAUCAGAAGCUUCUAAAGCCAUUACAUAAUUUUCUGGAAUUUUCCAAGCUGUUUAAAGGCACAGUCAACUUAGUGUAUGUAAACUUCUGACCCACUGGAAUUGUGAUACAGUGAAUUAUAAGUGAAAUAAUCUGUAAACAAUUGUUGGAAAAAUUACUUGUGUCAUGCAUAAAGUAGAUGUCCUAACCGACUUGCCAAAACUAUAGUUUGUUAACAAGAAAUGUGUGGAGUGGUUGAAAAACGAGUUUUAAUGACUCCAACCUAAGUGUAUGUAAACUUCCAACUUCAACUGUACUUCCUGAAAAUACAAUGUCCAAACUUGUAAAGAGCCUACUGGUGCCCUCUGUCAGAUCUUAAGUAGGUCACUGUCUGUCUGGGACUGUGUCAUUAAAGCUAUAUUUAGAGCUCUGGACUCCCUUAAUGGCAGUUAUGAUGGCAGUUAUACAUAUGAUCCCAAUCUGUGAUGCAGCUUCUAAGAGGUUGUGUGUGUGUGUGUGUGUGUGUGUGUGUGCCUGCUUGCACUCGUGUGUGUCUGUGCGUGUGGUUUAAAUAUGUGUGUGUUUUCAGGGGCAGCCUGGGGGCGUGGUGUGGACCCUAUUUACGCAGCCCUGCGCUAUGGGACGUCCCUGGCCCAGAUGAGCCGCUCCAGUUUUGGGAGCAUGUCUGAGUCGCCCACGCACAGCCAGGUAUGACGUCACCACCUGUACCAUGAGGACACACAGCCUGUUAAUUAGUGAGUCUAUAGAUGGUGGCUUCACCUUCAUGUGACCCUGUAUUCGAUCUUCACGUGUUCCAUCACCUGCAUGUGAGCCUCUUUCUUUUGUCCUGUUGUGUUUCCGUACAACAUGAAGGCUGAUAAAAUAAAAAUAAAUGAUUAACCCUUAUUUUACCAGGUAAGUUGACUGAGAACAGAUUCUCAGGCUCUGAGUCAUAGAGAUAUACUGUAGCUGAGAAUUAUAGUUUAAGGGAGGGAGAAUUGCUGGUAUAUGUUUAUGACAGAGAAAACUACAGAAACACAAUAAUUGAAAAUAACAGGAUUUAGUGUCUCAAUGCGUCCCGAGUUUGUCCUCUCUCACACUGUUGCAUCUUUUCCUCUAUGAUUUGUUUUCUUAAAAUCCCUAUUUUUUCUUUUCUGUUUCUCAGGGUGAAGGAGGGGAAGGAGGAGAGGAGGGGGAGCAGAGGCAGUACAGCAUGGAGGAGGAGAUGCCACAGGAGACGGGGGGUAAGAACGUGUGUGUGUGUGUCUGUUUGCGUGUGUGUGCCCUCAUGUAUUUGUGUGUGUGUGUGUCUUGAGAAUGCACAUGCUUGCUUGUGUGUGGUGACGUGUCCUGUCUGACCUGGUCGUUCAGGCUGAGUGACCCAUCUCCUCUGUCUGUCAGAUCUGCCUCAGUGUGAAAACGAGAAGGCUGAACCGGAGGAUGGGGGCAGUGAGCAGCUCCAGGAGCCUGUGGAGGAAACCAGUGUGAAGGUAGACACACACAGUCCUUUUCCUGCUAGCUGACCUUAUGUUCAGAGACGCUAUAUUUAACUGAAACAUUUCCGUCUGUAUUCCUUCUCCCUGUCUGCCUCCAUCCAGGUGCCCAAGCGUAUUGAGGUUCACUCUAUCCAUACUUAUGUAGCGCUCUACAAGUUCUUGCCUCAGGAGCACAACGACCUCGGACUAGAGUGAGUGAACGAAUGGGGUCUGUUUGUGUGGGUUUGUAUGUACCUAUACGUGUGUCCUUCCGUGCAUGUGUGUCCUUCCCAGUAUUUUACUGCAUCUGUCAUUUCUUCAAGAUGAAAACGUCCUUACCAUCUGUAGAAGGGACAAUGUGAAGGAACCCUUAAGGAGGUGCAGCCUGCUAAUUAUAAAACACAACGACCAUCACCGCCCACAAAUACACACAGACCGCUUUGGGGGGCUGAAUAAAGACACUGAAAAUGAAUUUGAGAUGAAAUAUGGAGGGACUCGAUAGAGAGAACAGCUUGAAACAGACAUGAGCACAGGGGGAGAGGAAAGAACAGCGUGGUGGGGGAAGGGAGAGACGAAAGAGAAGCAAAGAAUGUCAGCAGAAGAGAGAAGAGGGUAGAAGGGAGUGAGAGGAAGAGGAGGAGGAAGGAAAGGAAAGGGAUGAGGGAGGAAAGAUAGAGGAGUAUAAAGGUCAGGAUGUGUGUUAGGGAGAGGAGAAGAGAGCUGUGGGUGCAGGUAAAAAAAGAGGGACAUCGCCAUGGGGAUGGUUCACAGCCAUCUGGUGUCUCACGGGUGUAUGUAUGUGUGUGUGUGUGAGAGUGUGUGAGUGUGUGAGAGACAGGCCAGGACGAUCAAAUAGGGCAGCAGCAGACACCCAAGGGACUCCAUAUAGAGAAUUUGUGUAAUGGGGACAGUACAGUAGCUCUGUGUAUAUAGGACAGUACACUACCUCUGUAUAUAGGACAGUGGAUACUGGAUAGUCUGUGUACAUCAGUCUGAUUAAUGUUUAUGUGUUUGUGAGUGGUGUGUGCUUGUGCAUAGGGCUGUGGCGGUCAUGGAAUUUUGGAUGAUGGUAAUUGGCCAGCCAAAUGACCGCGGUCACCGUAAUAACUGUUCAAAUAGCCGGGGGAAAAAAUUCACAUUUUCUCCUUUCCUCUGCCGCUGACUGCACGUCCUGCCAUAGAAAUAUAAUUAAUAGAACUGGCAUCCCCAUUCAAGUCAAUUAUGGCAUAGUGGGUGGAAGUAAAAGCAGGAUGUAAAAGCAGGAAUCAAUAUGAGCUGUGAAUUGUUGAUUCAACUCAACUGACAUUACAAAACAUACAUUACGUUGCAUGAGCCACAUCAGUCAACAUCAUUUGAAUGAACAUUCUACAUUACCAUGGAAAUUAUUGCAUCACAAUACCAGGCAGCCAUUGCAGUGUACCCAGGAGUUUACCAGUCAAAUUGUGUGCUAUGUGUUCUGCUAAUGCAGGGAGGGGGCGCUGCCUAGGCAACCGAAGACUCGUUUGCUACAACACCUUGCUUGUUUCAGCAAGGAGCAACAAAGUUUCAUCACGUUGUAAAGAGUCCAUGUUACCGCAAAAAUGGACUCAACCACACGAAUGCCCGGCCGUCCCGUCUUCAGUCGGCUGUUCGCUCCACCCCCCAAAAAAAUCAUCAUAAUAAUGUUUUUUCUUUCAAUGGUUAUGACGGUUAUUUUCAUGUCGCUCUUCAUCCAUAAACGUUGGUCAUUGUGCCAGCCGUAUGUUGUGCAUGCAUGUCUGCGUGUGGUUUUCUUUAGGGUCUGUGAGUUGCGAGUUAUUCUAUAUGUAUAAAUGUGUGUGUGUUUGCACAGGUAUGUGCGUGCAUACAUACGUGGGUGCGUGCGUCCAGGAAUGCGUGUGUCUGUACGAGAGAGAAAGAUAGAGGUAGCAAGACAGAGUUACUGUUUGUCAGACACCGUGCUUACAACCAAGAUACCUAUAUGUACUGUAUGAACUGCAAUACCCCCAGCUAUGACAAUACAGCUAUGACUACAUUUAUUGCAGAAAAUAAAAAUACAUUUCUCUCCAGGAUAAUUUUGUUUGUCAUUGCUGGACUGUUAGCGGCUGCAGUAUCAUUGCCAAUAAAUAGCAAGGGCAAAUAAUUUUUAUAGUAGGUGCCAAUGAUUGGAACUAUUACACCAGUUACACAUCCAAAGAUUGGUGCUAUUUUAAACAGCAUUAUUGUGUGUAGGCAUCAAAGUCACCUGUUCCUUACCUACAUUUUAUUCAUUUAGCAGAUGCUCUUAUCCAGAGCAAUUAGGGUUAAGUGCCUUAAUCAAGGGCACCUCGACAGAUUUUUCACUUAGUCGGCUCGGGGACUCGAACCAACGGCGUUUCAGUUACUGGCCCAACGCUCUUAACCGCUAGGAUACCUGCCGCCACCUCUAUGAGUCAUGGGAGGGGAGUUAAUCCCCAAGUGAGUACAGUACUCAGUCUAUAGUCCCUAUACUCUGUGGUCAUAUUUGUUUGAAAUCCUCUCUCCCUAUAUUGUUCUCUUCUCUUUUUUAAUGCUGGCUUUCAUGUACUCUCUCCCCUGCUUUUUCUCCCCUCCCCCCAUUCCCUUAUUUUCCUCUCUUUCUUUCUCUCUCUCAGGCCUGGUGAUCGGGUGCUGGUCACUGAUGAUUCUAAUGAAGAGUGGUGGAAGGUGGGCAAUGAAUAAUCAACGUCACUGUAAAUGUGUGUGUGUGUGUGUGUGUGUGUGUGUGUUUGCUUGCAGGCGCGAGUGUGUAGGCGUUAGUUAGGCGUGUGAGUAUGAACUAUAACACCUGCCAUAUUUUUGGCCUUUCCUAAACAUCCAGGCAGUCAGAAAUAGAAACAUGAUUUCCUCAGAAAAUCGCUUUAAGAAGGAAACAUAAUGAAUUUAACUAGCGUUGUGACCUGAAAGAGCUUUUUAUUAAGUUGGUAAUGAGCUUCAGUCACUCUCAAUGUUCUGGAUAUAGUUGCUUUCAGUCUCUGGCAGAGAGGAGCGAGGCUCAGUAAAAACCCUUCAGUGCCUAACACUCAGCUUAGAGCACAGAACACUGGUACAGAAACACAUACACAGGUCUCCAUUUUAUUGGACAGUUUACAGGACACUCACUUCACAACAAUACUAAAACACUCAAAAUCAUACACAUCCAGGCAAAGUAAAUUAGAACAUAAUUGUGAACAAUCAACUCCAAAGAAGUAUUAGUCACCAUGAAUACAGAACUGUAUUUAUUUAUUUGAGUAUAUGUCAUAUUUACUCUAUGUGUCAUAUGUGUGACAGGGGAAGAGUGGAGACAAGGUGGGCUUCUUCCCUGCUAACUUCGUCCAGAGGGUGCGCCCAGGGGAGAGGGUGUGGAGGGUCACCCAGCCUGUCCCUGCCAGCCGAGGGAUGGGCCACAUGCCAGUGAAGGAGGAUCAGGUGAGACAUUCAUUUUGUCUCAUCUUUCUUCCUUUGCCCUGUAGUUGUGCCAAAACCAUAUAUUUCUUCUCUGCUUCCACUGCUUUCCCAAACACCUCUCUCUCUCUCUCUCUCUCUCAGAUCUGUGUGGGGAAGAGUGAGGACAGUGAGGGUUUCCUGAAGCUAAGCAGUGGGAAGAAGAGAGGACUGGUCCCUGCUGAAUCUAUUGAGGAGAUCUAA